UCCCUAAUCUCUCUCAAAACACUUCCGUUCCGUACUCAAUUUCUCCUCUUUCUCUCUCAAAUCUAGUACUCUAUUUCUCGUACAGUUCUCAACCAUCAUCCUGAAGCUUGAGCUGCUAGCUAGCUCUGCUGAUUUCAUUGACAAUUAUAUAUGUAUCCACGUUUAGGAGUUUGCAAGAAGGUCGUCUAGAUAUUGGGGGAAUUUCAGAUUUAACUUCAAUUUAGGAUUUGGUUUCAUGGCUGCGAGCGCUAACGCCUGUGGAAGCGGACAAGAUUCAGCUAAUGCGAAUGGCGCCACCAGUAAUGGUUGUUCGGUGCCGCAUGAUAGUUCGGCGGUGGGGGCGACUCAGGCCGCUCUACGGCAUAAUCCUGGUCUCUCCGCGGAGUGGUCAUCCGAGGAACAGUCUCUUCUCGACGAAUUGCUCACAAAGUAUGCAUCAGAUCGCAAUAUAACUAGGUAUGCAAAGAUUGCAAUGCAGCUAAAAGACAAGACAGUUCGUGACGUGGCUCUGCGCUGCAGAUGGAUGACAAAGAAGGAAAAUGGAAAGAGAAGAAAGGAAGACCAUUCAAAGAAAAGCAAGGAAAAAAAGGAAAAGGUUACAGAUCCUCCAGCAAAAUCAACGCCUCACACUGCAAAUCGUACAAAUGGUUCACCAUAUACCCAGUCAAUGAUACCGAUGGAUACAGAUGAUGGGAUCUCGUAUAAAGACAUAGGUGGUGUAACUGGGCAGCUGCUUGAACAUAACAUUCAGGCCUUGGAGCAAAUUUCUUCAAAUUUUGCAUCUUUAAAGAUACAUGAGAACAUCAAUCUAUUUUGCCAAGCUCGGAACAACAUCCUUACAGUACUGAAUGACAUAAGUGAUAUGCCAGAGAUAAUGAAGCAUAUGCCCCCGCUCCCGGUGAAGUUAAACGAUGAACUCGCCAACUCGAUCCUUCCUAGGCAGCAGCAGCAGAAGACCUCAUGAUCCUGGGAUUUCUCUCCUCGGAUUUUGAUUAUAUUUAGUCUCAGCAAUAAUUAAAUCUUAGGUCUAAGUUUUUUAUUUCUCAGUUUGAAGUCAAAAGGCUCAAAUGCUGAUUUUUAUUUAUUUUUAUAUAGAUAUUUUAUGAUGUUUGACUCCAGUCUCUUGUGAAUAUUUAGUUAUUGUCAUGUAGAAUAGAUGUUGUUCAUCACUUCACCCCCCACAACCUGUAUAUUAUUUGAAGGAAUUUUUUUUUGUGUCUCA